CGUCGAUCACGAGGCGGAGCAUAGCAGGACAUCGUCUUGCACGACAUGGCCCGGGGCAGCAGAGGGCGAGGAGCCAAGCGAGGCUCCUUCCCCGGUCAGGGCAACAGGCUCUCGGGUCCUGCAGAGACUGAGCUCUCACCGCAUGCAUUUUUGCCAACACAUGCGCAACGUGUUGCAUCGACGGGACGUGGAGGCUCACGAGGACGAGGCAGGGGCAGAGGAGGCGUGAUGAAGAACAUGCACGCUCUUGCCUUCGACUACGAUGCCCAUGCUCUGACCGGAGGGACGAGUGCCAGACAGCCGUACAAGUCUUACAACGAGUAUCAACCUCAACAGCCAAGCGUGGUCAGUACGCCCGCUCUAUCGCAAGGCGCGUCGGCAGCAGCUUCGGGUACUUCUACGCCGCAUCACUCCGGACUUGGUUUUCCAGCGAGCGCGAUGCCCAGCACACGAGGCAGAGGCGGCCGAAGGCUAGGCGGACAAUCAGAUCGGUUGUACUUGCAGCCUGUCGCCUUUGUGCGAGCUCAGAAACAGGAUCUCGUCCUGUCUGAACGGCCGGAUGGAGAUGAUGUCAACCCGCUCGAUCAGGCUAUGGCAACUGAUCCCGUUCAAGAUCCGAUGCCCCAGCCUGCCGCGACUGCUGAAGAGACUGUCGCUGCAGUGAUAGCGACUGAUGAGUCAAUCGUUGAGCAAGCGCAAGAGAGUACACCCAUGCCAGCUGAGGAUGAAGACGAAGACGAGAUUCUCAUCGUUGAUGCGUCCAUCUCUGUCAAUGUCGCCCAACUGCCAGAAUCAGAGACGGUCCGUGACGUUGACGAGAUUGACGGGCCACCGCCUCUAGAACGAGGCAUCAAGCUCUCAUUGAACCCCAAAGAGCGAAAGCAAGCAAAGAAAGAACGGCGGAAAGCGCGCAAAUCUGCAGAUAGAAACAGGCGAUCAGCGGACGAAAGUAUGCUCGAUGGAGACCGUGGAAGUAUUCCUGGCCGUUCCAGGAGGAGGCGAGGGAGCGACAUUGUCUGGGGCGACGAAUCUUCAGACGAGCCUGUUCUGGCCGAACUCUCCCUCGGCGAUUGCAACGGCAAAAAACAGGAUAUCAUCCUAGCAGACUAUAUUGCCAAUAUCGCCCAGGAGACUUCGUCCGAUGAAGCCGACGUCACGUUUGCGAGUACAUCCACUGGCUUCUUGCAGUCGAUGGAUAAGCCGGUACAUCUUACGAUAGACGAUGUCAAUGAUGAGAUCCAGCUCAGGCGACCCAUCAAUGGCUGGCGUUCAGAGACGGACGAAGAAAAUGAAGACUGGGAGACCGACAGCGUCGCGACGAGCUUGGACGAAGCUAUGGCUCACGCACUCGAUCUUGCUUCUGAUCGAGACGACCAACCCGAUAGCUCCUCCGAAGAGGAGGACGAGGUACCGGUAGCCCAGGUCGUGGCUUCUUCAGACACAUCAGACGAAGAGGAUGAAGACGAAGACGAGGGUAUGUUCAACGGGCAAUCGACGUGGGCCGAUAGGGACGAGGCCUUUAUUGACGACCUGGCACGCUUGCAUGGUUCGUCUCGCAAGGCACAGCGAGACAUCUACCGCAUGGUGCUCGAAGGCGACUUUCCCGUCGAUUUCACGCCUCCCUCGCGCAAAGGCAAAGGCAGCAAGAGCAAAGCGAACAAAGGCAGAGCCAGAUUUGACAGCUCAUCUUCCUCCUCGGACGAAGACUUCGAUGAGCAGUACGAAUUUGAUGAUGCUUUCGAUCAGCAUUUACAAGAUCAGUGGCAAAAGGAUAGAGCAAAGAAAGCAGACUUCAAGCGUCGUAGAGCGGAAGCAAGAGCAGAGAAACAGGGUACCAAAGCGAGCAAGAAAGCUGCAAAACGGGCAGCUCAGUCUGGCUUCACGCCCAAGCUCAACAUGGACAGCAUCAACGAUCGCAUCCGCACUUUCAUCGUCGAAGAUAUCCAGCAAGCUUCGAUCGCUUUCCCUCCCAUGUCCAAGACGGACAGACGAGGUAUUCACUUGCUCGCGGAAGCUUACCAGCUCAAGUCAAAGUCCUCGGGCAAAGGAGCGACUCGUUUCCCGGUACUGUAUCGUACUGCUCGUACAUCGGUCUAUGGCGUCAACCAGAAGAACAUCAACAUCAUCCUCAAAGCUUCUUCGGGCAAUACCACCUUUGAGAAGCCGACGGGCAAAGGAUCUGAGAACAUCAGAGGACUAUUACGAGAUAUGGCCAAGCUCAACGGCGGAAAGGGAUACAAGCAAGCUGCUCGACCUACGCGCAGUCUGGAAGGGACGACGAUCGGGCAAGGUGCUGCCGAACUAGACGCGAGCAAUAUCGGCUUUCAGCUGCUCGCCAAGAUGGGAUGGUCACAAGGCGCUCAGAUCGGUGUAUCUGAUGGCCUGUCUGCACCUCUGACUGCGAUCAUCAAGACGACGAAGCGUGGUCUGGGGUCUUGAGAUACAUGCAUGCCGUGACCUGCUUGCGAGCGUAAAAUGAUUUCUUCC